AUGCGGGUCUUGGCCGUACAUGGCGUCUUACCUCUCCUAGCCGUGCUGCUACCGGCCGUGCAUGGCGCAAUCGCCACGCCCGCCGUGGUUCGCUCGACACAACUGAUAUUGCGCCGCGCCGGCCUCACUUUGCUCCAACGACAGGAGGAGGAGGUGACGGGCGGCCUCCUGAGGCGGCCUGCUUCUUUUGCUGACGGAAAGACUGGCGUGGUCGUGCCGACGAGCAGCGAUUCGUCCUACGCGCAGUGGGCAAAAGACAAUCCGCUCGCCAAUAACCUGGGCAUUGCCACCGUCAAGACGGCUUCGGCCGACCUGCUGGCGCAGCUUGUCAUUGCGCAGACGCCCGUCGCGGAGCUCGACUAUUCGCGCCUGCUGCUCUUUGCCUCGUUUGGGCUCGUCUACCUCGGUGGCUUCCAGUAUCUGUACCAGGUGCAGGUCUUCAAGCGCCUCUUUGACGUGGACGCCUUCACCUCGCAGCCGUGGGCGGACAAGCUGCGGGACGGGCCGGGGCUGCGCGCGCUCGCGGCGCAGACGGCGCUCGACCUGGCCGUGCUCUCGCUCAUCUACCUACCGACCUUCUACGUCUUCAAGGCCGCCGUCUUCUCCGACGCGGCCACGGGAUUCGAGCCCGCCGGCUGCAUCUCCUCUGGGAUCGAGAAGUACCAGGCCAACUUUGCAAAGGACGAGUUCGACCUGCUGCGCGUCUGGCUGCCCGCCGACCUCGUCUGCUUCUCGGUGCCGCUCUACCUGCGGCUGCCAGUGCGGCACGUCGUCUCGUUCGUCUGGACGGCGUACCUCUCGUUUGCACGCGCGGGGCAUUAGGUGCGCUUCGGGCUGGCGCAGGUGCUUUCUUUUUUAGUUUGUUGCGUGUCCGUGUGUAUUGAGUCUAUAGUCUUGCGUCUCA